AUGGCUGCGCGCGCUGGCGGCGACGCCCACCCUGCCGUCGUCCGCCUCGGGGGGCCCUCCCUGCGCGACCGCCGAAACAAGAGCAGCCACGACAUGCUGGUGAGCCUGCAGAGCGCGGGCGCCGACUGGCGGGGCGUCGGGCCCGCCGAUGGCGACUCCGACGGCGACGCCGACGGGGAAGGCCCGCAGAGGCCCGUGCUGCGCGUGAAGAGCCGAAGAGGCCACGAGGGUGCGAUGCUCGGCCCCGGGUGGGAGCCCGCGCACCGCCCCCCGCGCGUCCUGAUGGUGUCAAGGCGGUACUUGAGAAAAAACAAGUACGUCGACAUCAUUGGGGAAUAUCACAUGGAGCUCGUUCAGCAAUUCGGCGGAGCGCCCAUCAUUAUCCCGAGGACCACUCUGACAGUGGCGCACCUGACCGAGUUCCUGCCGAUGGACGGGCUCCUCGUGGCAGAGGGUAACGACCUGUCUUCGGACAUCCUCGCCAGGUACGGCUGCAAAGCUCCGGCGCCGCAGGACCCCGCAGUGGCAGAGAAGUAUGCCAGCGACGCGGAGUUCGAUCACACCAAGGAUGAGCUGGAGUUUGCCCUCAUGAGAUUCGCGCUGGCCACCGGUUGCCCAAUUCUCGCCAUCUGCCGCGGCAGCCAGAUGCUGAGCGCCUUGCGCGGAGGCACGCUGAUCAACGACAUCGAGUCGGAGGUGCCAGGCUGCGUCACACACCACCGCGGCUCAGACCAUCCCGAGUACGACAGCGGGCGCCACCCCAUCAAGGUGCUCCCGGACACUCCACUUGCCCGCUGGUUCUCGGAGUCCCUGGGCGAAGCCAGCGAGCUGCAGGUGAACUCCUAUCACCACCAGGGCGUGAAGGAGCUCGGCGAUGGCCUGGCGCCCAUGGCGCACGCCCCAGACGGCGUUCUCGAGGGCUUCUACGACACCUCCCACGACCCGGCCGCGGGCAGGUUCGCCGUCGGCCUGCAGUUCCACCCAGAGCGCAUGCUGCCGGACUACCCUGGGUGCCGCAACGUCUCGGGCGUCGCUUAA